CUGGGCACCCAUGUGCACCCGGAGCAGCGCUUCUCACAGGCAGCAGGGUCGCCAUGAGCCUCCAAGAGGAGCAGGUGCGCAGCUUCCUGGACGAGAACCCUGACUUUGCCCACCAGUACUUUGGGAAGAAGCUGAGCCCCGAGAAUGUGGCUGGGGCCAGUGAGCAGGGGCUCUUUAUGGACUGCAGCAGCCUGCGGGAGCUAUGCCAGGUGGAGGAGAGCGUGGCCCUGUUUGAGCUGGUGCAGGACAUGCAGGAGAGCAUCAACAUGGAGCGUGUAGUCUUCAAGAUCCUGCGGCGCCUCUGCACCAUCCUGCAGGCUGACCGCUGCAGCCUCUUCAUGUACCGGCAGCGCAAUGGCAUAGCCGAGUUAGCCACACGGCUCUUCAGCGUGCAGCCAGGCAGCAGCCUGGAAGAGUGCCUGGUCCCCCCGGACUCUGAGAUCGUCUUCCCCCUGGACAUUGGGGUCGUGGGCCAUGUGGCCCACACCAAGAAGAUGGUGAAUGUUCAGGAUGUGGCAGAGUGUCCCCACUUCAGCUCUUUUGCUGAUGAGCUCACAGACUACAUAACAAAGAAUAUCCUGGCCGUACCCAUCAUGAACGGCAAAGAUGUUGUAGCUGUGAUCAUGGCUGUGAACAAGCUUGACGGCCCAUGCUUCACAAGUGAAGACGAAGACGUUUUCUUAAAGUACCUAAAUUUUGCCACGUUAAACCUGAAGAUCUAUCACUUGAGCUACCUCCACAAUUGCGAGACGCGCCGAGGCCAGGUGCUGCUGUGGUCAGCCAACAAGGUGUUUGAGGAGCUGACAGACAUCGAGAGGCAGUUCCACAAGGCCUUCUACACCGUGCGGGCCUAUCUGAACUGUGAUCGCUACUCAGUGGGCCUCCUAGACAUGACCAAAGAAAAGGAAUUCUUUGACGUGUGGCCUGUGCUGAUGGGGGAAGCCCAGCCGUACUCAGGCCCACGCACUCCUGAUGGCCGGGAAAUCGUCUUCUACAAGGUCAUCGACUACAUCCUCCAUGGCAAGGAGGACAUCAAAGUCAUUCCCACUCCAUCAGCAGAUCACUGGGCCCUGGCCAGUGGCCUUCCAUCCUACGUGGCAGAAAGUGGCUUUAUUUGUAACAUCAUGAAUGCCUCUGCUGAUGAAAUGUUCCAAUUUCAGGAGGGGCCCCUGGACGACUCUGGGUGGGUCAUCAAGAAUGUGUUGUCCAUGCCCAUCGUCAACAAGAAGGAGGAGAUCGUGGGUGUUGCAACAUUUUACAACAGGAAGGACGGGAAGCCAUUUGACGAACAGGAUGAAGUCCUCAUGGAGUCCCUGACACAGUUCCUGGGCUGGUCAGUGAUGAACACUGACACCUAUGACAAGAUGAACAAGUUGGAGAAUCGUAAGGACAUUGCCCAGGACAUGGUCCUUUACCAUGUGAGGUGUGACAAGGACGAAAUCCAGACAAUCCUGCCAACCAGGGAACGCCUGGGGAAGGAACCAGCUGACUGUGAAGAGGACGAGCUGAGGCAAAUCUUGAAGGAAGAACUUCCAGGGCCCAGCAAGUUUGACAUCUAUGAGUUCCACUUCUCCGACCUGGAGUGCACCGAGCUAGAGCUGGUCAAAUGUGGUAUCCAGAUGUACUAUGAACUGGGUGUGGUCCGCAAGUUCCAGAUCCCCCAGGAGGUCCUGGUUCGGUUCCUGUUCUCCAUCAGCAAAGGGUACCGAAGAAUCACCUACCACAACUGGCGCCAUGGCUUUAAUGUGGCCCAGACGAUGUUCACGCUGCUCAUGACUGGCAAGCUGAAGAGCUACUACACAGACCUGGAGGCCUUUGCCAUGGUGACAGCCGGUCUGUGCCACGACAUCGACCACCGGGGAACCAACAACCUAUACCAGAUGAAGUCCCAAAAUCCCUUAGCCAAGCUCCAUGGCUCCUCAAUUUUGGAACGGCACCACCUGGAGUUUGGGAAGUUCCUGCUUUCGGAGGAGAGCCUGAACAUCUACCAGAACCUGAACCGGCGUCAGCACGAGCACGUGAUUCACCUCAUGGACAUCGCCAUCAUCGCCACAGACCUGGCGCUCUACUUCAAGAAAAGGACAAUGUUCCAGAAGAUUGUGGACGAGUCCAAGAACUAUGAGGACAAAAAAAGCUGGGUGGAGUACCUGUCCCUGGAGACAACACGGAAGGAGAUUGUCAUGGCAAUGAUGAUGACAGCCUGUGACCUGUCUGCCAUCACCAAGCCCUGGGAAGUCCAGAGUAAGGUCGCUCUUCUGGUGGCUGCUGAGUUCUGGGAACAAGGAGACUUGGAAAGGACAGUCUUGGAUCAGCAGCCCAUUCCUAUGAUGGACAGGAACAAGGCAGCCGAGCUCCCCAAGCUGCAGGUUGGCUUCAUCGACUUCGUGUGCACCUUUGUGUACAAGGAGUUUUCCCGUUUCCAUGAAGAGAUUCUGCCCAUGUUUGAACGACUACAGAACAACAGAAAGGAGUGGAAGGCACUGGCAGAUGACUAUGAGGCCAAAGUGAAGGCCCUAGAGGAGGAAAAGAAGAAAGAAGAAGAGCGGACGGCCAAGAAAGUGGGCACAGAAGUCUGCAAUGGCGGCCCAGCACCCAAGUCGUCGACCUGCUGUAUCCUGUGAGCACCAGUGCUGUGGGGACUGACACCCACAAUCCACUCGAACACUAGGACUCAGGCCCUGCCUCCGGCAGCUUGAUACAAGAAGUUAGGAAGAUCAACAAAAUGACUGAAAAUAACUUUGGAUAUUUUGGGGGUUUUUUAUAGGUAUUUUUAUAAAGCCAACUAUGAAUAAUCUAAACAGUGUAGCCUACAUUAAUUCUCUGGUUUUUGGAUAGUUACCACCAGAUCCCUGAAAAGGCCUAUGAACUAUGUCUAAAAUCACUAAGUGAAACAUUCAUACUACAUACACACAUAUGUAUGUAUAUAGGUAGACAGAUAGGUUCAGAGAUGCUGUUUCCUAUCUAGUUUAGGAAAAAAACACACACCCAGAAAUUUAAAAUAAAAUAAAUACAAAACAUGCCCAUUUUUAUGUGGUGGAAUUAUAGCAGAGAACACAUUGUAUUUGACCUGUCGGGAAAUUCUGCCAGAAAGGUCAGGGCCAGGAGCAGAGCAGUGAUCAGCCAUGAAUAAUUUAAGCAGAAACAAUCUAUGGCAAGCACCACAUGGAGUGCUCUAAAACUUCCUGACAGGACCAGGUCAGGUGGGCCUUGGUGGAGGCAACUGAUGGAAGACUUAAUGCUGCUGGUAAGCCUAAAGUGAGGAGCAAAGGGGGCAGGAGGCCCAGUGGAAUAUCACGGCACUCAUAUUUGAAAUGGUAUUGUCUGGUAGAAAGUAAGGAUUUUCAACUCAUGACAUGAGGCAGGUGGGGGCAGCCAUCAGCUCACUGGAAGAAGCUGGUAUUCAUUUAAUUUUUAUCUCAGUAACUACUGGUAACAAAAACCCAAGAUGGGAGCUUCUCGGAGUUCUCAGAAAGCUCCAGCAGCAGAAAGGCACUCUGGAUACUAUCCCAGCAAGCUCAAGAGGCACAGAGGUGCUGGGACCCUAUAGGGACAUGACGUUGCUUCACUCAAACCUCACCCCAAUCCUAACCAAGACACAACUUUGAAAUACGUGUACUUUUCCCAUUAGCAAAUGAAUUCAUUUUACCAAUAGAACUAGGGCUCUAAGUCUAAAAAUUUGCUCAAGGCACAUGGCUAGGAGCAGCAACAUGAGCCUUUUCCAUUCUAAGCCACCAGAUUGAAAGGCUGACAGGCUCACAGCCAGCAGGUACUAUAGGCCAAACUCUCAACAACUCAGGCAGCCUCAGGAGGCCACAACGCUGGAUUUCCAGUCUUAAGUCUCACCCAGCCACCUCCUGACAUCAAAAGGAGGAUCUGACAUCAAAGGGGUCUGGGGUGCUGAAGGCCCAAACAGAACAGGCAGUGAGUUUCUACACUUUCUGCUGUUU